AUGACAACUGAUAACAAUUCAGAGAUAACACAAUUCUUGGUAGAGGAUGUUUUAGCUAUUUUAAAGGAUGCAGUCGAUGUAACAAUUCAAAAUCAACAAUAUCAACAUAGUAAAGUACCACAAUGGACAUCGAGUGUGAUUGAUCACUCAAUGAAGAAGCUACAGGAAUUGAACAGACCAUUCAAAUAUAUUGUUACUUGCACUAUAUUCCAAAAGGUUGGUGCUGGUUUCCACACUGCAUCAUCUUGUCUUUGGGAUACCAACACCGAUGGAAACUGCUCGUACAGAUGGGAAAACAAGACUAUGUAUUGUAUUACAAGUGUAUUUGGAUGUAGAGCAUAA